GCUAUGUUGAUUAUAUUUCAGACUAAAGACAGGAAAAAACGCGCGUUUCGAGCAAUCGACUCCUGUAUUUUUUUAAUUUUGAAAAUAUGGCAAGUGAAGCAUUCCCGCAGCUGACAAAAAGGGCCCCUGAUUUCAAGGGCAAAGCCGUUGUGAACGGCGUGUUCAAGGACAUCUCGUUGGAUGACUACAAGGGGAAAUACUUGGUAUUGUUUUUCUACCCGCUGGACUUCACGUUUGUGUGCCCGACUGAAAUAAUUGCCUUCAGCGAAAGGGCAGAAGAGUUCCGGAAGAUCGGCUGUGAAGUCAUUGCCUGUUCAACCGACAGCGUCUUCUCUCACUUGGGAUGGAUCAAUACGCCUCGCAAACAAGGUGGAUUGGGUCCCAUGGACAUUCCUUUGUUGGCUGAUCAAAGCGGAGCCAUUUCGAAGGCGUAUGGCGUUUACAAAGCAGACGAAUGUAUCGCCUUCCGAGGUCUUUUCAUCAUCGAUGAUAAGCAAAACUUGCGACAGAUUACGAUCAACGAUUUGCCCGUCGGACGGGAUGUCGGAGAAACUCUCCGACUCGUUCAAGCGUUCCAGUUCACUGACAAGAAUGGAGAAGUAAGUUGCAUUGCUCAAGUGGCAAACUGGGGUCAAAUUCGACAUUCGAGAAAACUCUUGUUCUUCAGGUACCUGUUGUACGGCGUAAAUCCUGGGGAAGGGUUUAAUCUCUCUCGUGAUGUUUACUUGCGAUUAGCGGCUGUUGUUCGGAAGCUAGUUGAAGAUGACGAUUGGACACUGGUUCUUCCUCCAUGGGGUCCGACAUAUCAUUGGCGCAAAGCCGAGGAGCUCAGUGGGAAGAAGCAGUUCAAAAUCCGAUGGAGCGAGUUUUUUGACGUGUCAAGCUUGAAGCGCUUCAUCCCAGUCAUUGAACUGGAGAACUUCAUAUCAAUUGCUCAUGAUUCGGCAGAAGUGGAUAUUGUUUACGUGUUGCAACGCUUUUCGGAAGGCUGGGAAGCCUCGGGUUGGGUGAACAAAUGGGAAAUUAGGACCUGCUUGGACCCGUUGCGAUACGAGGAAACUGCGAAUGGUUAUUCCGCUUGGUUCUGGGGGUUCAACAAUAUCAAAGCCAAGGCUGUGACGUGUGUCUCCUUUCAGGGUCAUAGUACUCAAGCUGUGGAAUUGGUGAAGAAAUCCGGCAAACGAACUGUGAUGCUGGACCGUGCGGAAACGAUCUUGCAUGACUCCUUCGGCGACGCGAAUCACUGGAACGCCCGGAGAAGCAUGCGAUUUGCCGCACAUCUGAUUGACGUGGCAGCGAAAUUCCGGUCCAAGUUUCUGAAUUCUGUUGACGAAACUGACGGAACGAAGGUGACUGACGAUUGGCAAAAUUUCAAACCAAUCCGUGGAGCCGCUCGAGGUGGUCCUUACUUGGCGGUGCACUUGAGGAGGAACGAUUUUCUCGAGGGCCGUAAAAGCAGGACGCCGUCGUUGCCGAAAGCUGCGGAAAGAAUUCGCAGGGAAUUGCAGAGGCUAGAAUUGAAGAAGGUGUUCAUUGCGACGGAUGGGUCCGGUGCGGAUGUUGGAGCCCUGCGGGAAUUGUUGGAGCCGGAGUUUCAGCUGUUCGUUUUUACUGGUACUCCUGAGCGAAUCAAGAAGUUUCAUGCUGGUGGAGUGGCGAUCAUUGAUCAGAUAAUCUGCUCUCACGCGAGGGUCUUCAUCGGAACGUAUGAAUCUACGUUCUCCUUUCGGAUACAAGAGGAACGUGAAAUUUUGGGCUUCAUGGAAGAUUCUACUUUUAAUAUAUUUUGUGGAGAUGAGAACGAAUCUUGCGAAGGAUCGACCCGGUGGACUAUUCAAUACUCCUGAAUAAUCAUCGAGGUGUAAUACGGUGCGUUUUUUGUUUUGUUUUUUGCUUAUUUGUGGCCUAUCCGCCUGUCGGCGCUGUGAUAAACGAAAUACAAAUACACUUCAACGGAAGUUCAACUGAAAUGCGU